GCCCCGCGGCGCGGAGGCAGAGACGGAGGGGAGGUGGGGGUCAAGUUGAGUCGGUAGUCCGGGAAUCACCUUAGACUUUGAUUCUGCGUCCCGGGCAAGAUGUGGCGGCGUUGGGAAGCAGGAUGGGACGAGAAGAGGGAGUUGCAGGAGCUCAACUCCCGGUUGCGUGUCUUCGUGUCCCGCGUGCGGGAGCUGGAGGAGGAGAACCGCUUUCUGGCGCGGGAACUGGCGGAGCUGAGGGAGCAAGAGCUGAUCGGGCUCCAGGUACCCGAGCAGGAGCUGGCCUGGCUGCGGAUGCAGCUGGAGGAGCUGAGUCGAGCGAAGCUGGAAGCGGAGCUGGAGCGGGACGGGCUGCGGCGGGAGCUGGAGGAGCUGCAGGUGCUGGGGGCUGAGGUGCUGGCGAUGCGACGGCGCCUGGAGCCCGAGCUGGCCGGGCAGAGGCAGCUGCUGGAGCGGCUGCGGAUGGAGUGCGUGGGGCUGGAGGAGCUGCUGCUGCAGCUGCAGGCAGAGCACGGGCACCUGGCGGAGCGGCAGCGGCGGGAGAUGGUGGAGAUCCGGCAGCUGCGGAUGGACCUGGCCGCCUUGCCUCCCCCCUUAGCUGGACUGAGCCUGGAGGAGCUGGAAGAGACCUACGAGAUGCUGCUCAACCAGACCUGUCGGGAGACCCUGCUGCGUUACCAGGAGCAGCUCCAGGUGCUGCAGGAGCAGGAGGCGCAGCGGAGCCGGGAGGACUUGGAGCUGCUGCGGGAGGAGAGCCGGCAGUGCCGGCAGCACCUGGAGGAUCUGCACCGGCAGGGCCAGGAGCUGUGCGGGCUCCGGGAGCGGCUGGAGCGGGAGCUGCUGGCCCUGCAGGACCGCCACGGAGCCGAGGUGGAGGAGUACGAGAGGAUAAUCGAUGCCCUAGAAGAGGAAAAGCAGUUCCUGACCAGGUCAAUCACAGAUUACCUGAAGGACUAUCAAGACCUACUGCAGGUGAAAGCAGGCCUCAUCCUUGAAAUUGAAACCUACAGAGCUUUAUUAGAAGGGGAGAGCAACCAGUGGAUUAUGACAUGGAGAGAUCAGUAUGGAGGGAAAUUGCCUCAAGAUAUUAUUAGCACUUCAUAUAACUACACUGAUAGUUACUCUGCUUAUCAAGAAAGAAAUAGAAAUAAAGCUUCACCAGCUCUCAGGAUCACUGACAGAAGACACAGAAUGCCAGGGACAAGCACCAGCAGCUCAGCACGUUACUCAUCUCGCUCAACACAGGCUGGAUCACAGACAACUGGUAGUGGAAGAACUUUUGGAAGAGAUGUAUUUGGUUCAAUAUAUCGCCCUUCAACAACUUUUAGAAAGGAUGAGAGGAUUCUAGCAGACCACAAAGAAUUAAGAACAUUUACUCCAGCCUACAGUAGUUGGAAGCACACUGACAUGCAGCAAAAGACAAUUCCAGAAAGAAAGAAAACAGAAGUCACGACUUCAUCCAGGGUAUCUUUUUCAAAAGAAAAAUCAGACAAGGACCACAAGCCUGACACAAAGCCAGGGGUUUCUGAACAUACAAGCACAAGACCAAGCUUCACUAGAUUUCCAGUUUAUGAGCUGGUUACCAAUUAUAAACCAACUAAAUAUGAAGAAACCAUAACUGAAACUUGGACCACACUAAAAGGGAAGAGAGGAGGCAGUGAACCAACUGAAGAGAGAAAAUCUCUGCUGAAAGAAAAAGAUAAGCUAGAAAAACAAACAAAGGAGAAGAAAAAGAAAACAGAUGAGAAAACUUUAACAGAAGAAGGAAGUGUUGAUUUUGGAAGGAAGAUUGAACAGACAAAAUAUAUCCAUGAGGAAUUUGUUAACCAGAAGUUAACAGGGAAUGAUAUUUCUAGGGCAAGAACUUUGAUAAGUGAAUCGACCAAAAAAGAUGCAAAUGUGACCUUGGACUCAAGGCAUAAAGAUGUCAUUGAGAUACCCAUCUGUCUGGAAACAUCUGCUCCUGAUAAAGAACCUCAGAGUAGUAAAGAAACAAGGUUACACAGUUUUGAAACUUCCACAGGAAGAGAAACAGAUGACCAUGUAACUAGGCCUGACGAAAUUCACCAAAUGGGUUUUUCAGAAGCAUAUUCCAGUGACAUUAGUAAUGAAACAGGAGCUCUGUCAACUGAAAAUAUAGCAGAGAACAUUGUGGCUGACAUUCUUAAAAGUUUUACACAGUCUUCUAGUUCACAAAUAUCAACAGAGACGAAAGUCACCUAUUUUAAUAAGAAAGAACAACCAGAUGAUGGGAAAAUAAAGACUGAGAUCACAGUGCAAUCUCAAGUUCAAGAAGACAUAGAUAUUUCUGAUGGAGCUGACAUGGGAGGUCUGUUGAGCCAGGAUGUAAGAAAAGUGGUUCGAGAGGGUGUAGAGGGAACUCCUUCCAAAGAGGAGAUAGAAGACAUUGUACAUCAUGGCCUGAAAGGAAACGAGGGCAGGAAGAAUGUAUCUGUUAAUGUUGAGAUUGUAGAGGAGCCACUAGAUUAUGCUGCUGAUGAAAGGGCAGAUUUUUCAACACCUUUUGAAGUAGAGGAAGUGGAAGAUACAUUCCCUGAGAGAGAGAGGCGUUAUGGUGAUGAGGAAGAACAGGUGACAUUCACCUAUGACAGUGUUAAAAAGAAGAAGCAACGCCAUGAGAGUUUCACUCAUGUGGAAGAAGUAACUGGGGAAGAUGAUUCACCUGUUGAACAGAAAUAUUUUGUGUCUGUUCCUGAUGAUCAUCCUGUUAUUAAUGAAAAAGAUGAUGACUCGGUAUAUGGGCAAAUUCAUAUAGAAGAAGAAUCAACCAUUAAAUAUUCUUGGCAAGAUGAAUUUUUGCAAGGCACGCAAAGUAAGAGAGAUGAAGGUGUAAGCUCUCCAGAAGAAACAUAUCGAGUGGUAGGUGAGGAAGCAAGUGCCCGUAUUUUAAAAGAGUCUCCUGUAGCUGAAACGUCCCAUGUUGAAUCCACUAUUAUUGAAAAAGAAAUUAAAAUUCCCCCCGAAUUUCAGACUUCAAUAAAGGGUCUGUUAUCAAAGGAAACAAAGGACCCUAAGCAUCGACUGAAGGAAGCUUUGGAGCAGCUGGAGGGCAGUCUCCCAGAAAGUGUGAAAGAUGAGCUGUUUGCACUAACAAAAGAAACUCAAGCUGACUCCAGUAACUUAGAAUUUGAUAUAAAAAAGAUUGAUCAAACGGAGGAUGGUGGCUUGGUGACAAUUGUUGCUGAAGUCAAUCUGUCACAGACCCUUAAUACUGAUGAAUUUGAUGCAGCUCAGCUUGGUGAAGUAAUUACAAGUGAAGAGGAGAAAGCAACAUUGCACUCCCUAAAAACAGAGAGCACAGAGAGAGUUGUUGAUGGUAGAAGCAGUAUAGAAGUCGAUGCUUCUCACAGUGAUGAAUACAUGGCUUUGGGUGAUCAAGAAAUCUAUAAGUCAUCCACAAUGAGGAGGAGUGGGGGUGCAGGGUAUCACACCACUGAAGAAGUAAUUUAUGACGGUUCGGUUUUGGAAACUUCUGGAGAAAUUUCUCACUCACCACAAUCAACUGAUGAAACCAGAUCCAUAAGGCAUAUUAAGGUUGGUCCAGCAGAAGUUCAGAGAUUUGAGCAGAUUGUCUGUGAAGUGCCUGGUUCUGAAACGCUGGAGCUCAGUGCUACAGAAGAUUAUCUUCAAAGAGAAGGAUCAUCAGAGUUCAGCAGAUCUGUGAAGCAAUAUAAACUGGGUCCUAAAGGAAUCCAAACCACAGAAGAAGUAAUUUAUACAGGCCCUAUUACUACAACUGUAGAAGAGAUGGAUUCUGGAAAUCUUUCCCAGAAGGUUUCAACAGACCUCAACAGGUCCACAACACAUGUCACAGUAGGAUCAAGGCAUGUAACUGAGGAAGUCUCUUUUGAAGGGUCUGUUUCAGACUCUCUGGAGCUCUAUAGCUCAGGUGACCAAUCUCAGACAGAAGGGGCUGUGGAUGUCAGCAGAUCAGUAAGGCAUUUUAGAUUAGGUCCAAAAGAGUUCCAUGCUGAGCAAGUUAUCUUUGAAGGACCAGUCUCUGGUAAAGUGGAGGUCAGUGACACUGGAGACUUCUCACAGGCACAGAGUUCAGUCACACACGUUCAGUUGGGUCCCCAGGAGUUUAUGACAGCUGAAAAAAUAAUUUUUCGGGGGCCUAUCUCUGAGUACACAGAAAGAAGUGGACUGGAAGAUGGGACUCUUUCAGAAGGCUCCUCAAAGCGUGUUAGAAUAGGUCAAGUGGGAGUUGAAACCACUGAGCAAAUCAUGUAUCAUGACUCCCUUUCUGAAACUGCAGAGCUCCUGAACAAGGAAGGACAUCUUUCAGAGAGUGAAGGAAGCUCAGAUUUCAAUAGAUCUUUCAGGCAUGUUACAAUAACUCCUGGAGAAACUCACACUGAGCAAAUCAUCUUUAGAAGCCCAGCUGCUGAAACGCUGGAAGAUCUCUCACAGACAGAGGAGGCAUCUGAGAGCAGGAGGUCUGUCAAGCAUAUUAAAGUAGGAUCCAAAGAAACAUCUUACACUUUUCAAAUGGAUGUUACCAAUAUUGGUGGAAUAUCUACAGUAAAAAGUGGAGAACAGCAAGCAACACUGCUUGUAUCCAGUAAGCAAGACCCUUCUGGUAGUCAGUCACAAUCUUUUUUUGAAAAAACUGUACAUCUGCAAAGCAUGGUAGACCAAAGUUCAGGUACUUCUGAAGAAAAGAAAGUUGCUCUUCUCUAUCUGGACCAUGAGGAGGAAGAUGAUGAUAAUGAUGGACACUGGUUCUGAAAGGACUCUUAAAUGAAAUUACUUGGUGAUUUUUGAUGAUGCCUGAAAAAAGGCAUGAGGAAGCACUCACACUAUUUAGAUUAUGGAUAGUGGACUGAGAAGUAUUGAAUCUAAGCCUCUGCCUUUUCAGCACAGUUUUACUUUAUUGGAAAUUUUGUGUACAAUAAUUUCAGAUUUCUCCACCUAGAGCGACAGGAAUUUGCUACUGGGGAAUUCAAAGGAUUGUACUUAUUACUUGUUACAAAGCAGGUCAAUUAAUAAGCCUGUGCUUGAAUAGGACUUUUCCAUCAUUUUUUAAAUACUGUAUUGCACUUGGUUAGUAAAAUACUCAACAAUUCUGUUUAAAUCUCAAGCUACUAACUGCAAAUAUAAUAGAAUGUAAGACUAGGGAAAGUGGUAGGUAGCUGAUUUUCAGUUCUGUGUACUUAUAUGCAGUACCUAAUGAAGAUUUUAAGAUACAGUUAUUACAGCUAUAAAAAAUUCAAUUCUGUAGGAUCAAAAUAAGCAUACCAAGAAGUGACAGAAGUGGUAUUAUUUCUAUAGCUAGAAUGCAGUGAAAACAAGAGGUAAAUCUGAAGAAUUCCUCACAGUAUUCAUGAGAAAUAGUGAUUUUUAUGGUUAGAUAGUAGUAUAUUUAAUGUCUUUGAAAAGAAAACAGAUUUUUAAAAUAGGCUUUAUUAUUUUAACUAGAGUAAGGAGAACUCUUUACAGCUUUAGGAGCUGUGUACAUUAAUAACAUCAACUCAUUUUGCUGCAUAUGGUUUACCUUAAUACAAGGUAUUGCUAAGGGUAAGUGUGAAGUGUCAAUCAUAAUUACAUAAUGCCUAAUUUCUUACUUCAGUGAAAUUGGCUCCUGUGUGUUCUGUUCUGAAGAAAACUUGUAAAAGUGGCAUUGAUUGACACUUAUGAUCCUUGUGUGUCAAGUAAUUUCCAGAUGAUCCUUUUUUUGUUUACAAAUGAGAUGAUGCCCUUUUCAGUUCUGCAAACCCAACCUGAGGUUUGGAUUUUUUUUUUUUUUUUUUUUUUUUUUUUUUUUUUAGUUACUAUUUUAUUGCAAAUAAGCUAAUUUCACUUUGAUUGCACAUUGGUUAAAUGAAGGACAUGACUUAACUUCACAGUGACCUCAAAGUCCAGAUCAGAAGCCAGCACCAGUAGCUGUACUAAACUGUGCAGUGCCAGCAGAAGCAAAAAUAGCAGCCAGAAUAUUUUUGUCACUGGGAUAAGAAGAUACCAUACUGGACACACAGGAGAAACAAGAUACACAAAUGAGAUGCUGCUAUUUUUACCCCCACAUGCACAUUCACUCCCUCACUUUUUUACACCUUCUCUGCAGAGGAGAAACCUCUGGAUCCGGGCACCUGCAUCCAGUGGCUUCUGACUCAGAAUAAUUUUCCUGUGGUUAUUUAGGCAUAGUUUUGUGUGUGCUAAUCCAGAUUAGAAUCCAGUUAAACUAUUUUAGCCUGGCUUGGCUACUCACCUUUCAGAUGCCUUAGUGUUAACAGAAGGUAGAAUUUUCCCAAGUGCCUGUUACUUGAUAAUUCUGAAUGUAACUGCAAAGCUCCAGAGAAGCUCCAUGCUGACUGACAUAUCGUGCUGUUUCAGAGAUGAGACAGUUUAAUUGUUGUGUGCCUUAAUUACCAAGUUUGAAACUGUACCAAGUUAUCAGUGUUCCCAAAGAUUAACUCACGGGGUUUAUCUGAAUUGCAAAAUUUUCUGUCUGUUUUCCUCACUUGGUGUAAGUGUGAGCAGCAGUGGAGAUGUGGAUUGAAUGUUUUUUUUUUUUUGAUCGUGCACUAUGAAAUCAUUUGUUGCAAUUGGAAGUGUAGCAAACAGCUGGAAAAUGAAUAGAAAGCUGUGUAGAAGCACUAGAGGCAAGUAUGCCAAGUUUAUUUAUACUGUUCACUGUGUAAUGGAUAAUGUGUUUUCAAAAUUAUUCAUAUAUGCUCAGAAAAGAUCUCAUGUUUCUAUUUAAAAAUAGGCUGGUUUUAAUUGUAAUUCUUCUAAUAUCAUCCUAUACUUUUCUUUCUUUAUCUGACCCUCUGAUUUUCAAGAUAACAUCUCUAUUUAUUUUCAUAAUUGCAUAUAAACCAGAAUUUUCUAGUGAGGUAUCUAACUGCAAGCAAUCAGAUUCUAUAUUCAGGUAUUGAAUAACUGCAUAAAGGAAAAAGUCAGGGCUGUCAUAAAAAAUAGAGUAAAAAAAACCCCAAACAAACAGUGUUAGUUUGCUCAAAGUUUUGUUAAAAGCUGUAACUUAAACAUUCACUGUUAAACAGAUAUAAGAAUAUCUACAGAAAAUCUAUUUUGUAACCAACAAAAAGCUCCUUACAAGGUAACUCAUUGAUUGAUACUUCAAGGAAUCUUUGACAGAUAUGUUCCUUAGGAACAACUGUACCAACACUCUGUUCUGUUCAGUAUUCACCUGCUCAGAGGGUUAUAAUGUCAGAUGAAGGAAUAAACUGGUAGGGGCAAGUGAAUCAUAAAAUGUAGAUGGCCUUAGUAUUAAAGGAGGGGAAACCAAAAAAUAAACAGCAUUGUUUCUACUGAGGCAACAAGAACUCUUUAAAAAUUCUUCUAGAUAUCACUUGUCAGAUGUAGUACCUAGUUCUAGUUCUGUUUUCAUUGCCUGGAGAGAAAAGAUUGUGCUGUGUACAUUAUUUAAGGUCAGGAUUUUAAUAAUCUGUUGGAAAAGUAAGUUUAUUGGAAGGAACUGGAAAUGUGUAUUUGUGUAACAUUUAAAGGCAUCCCUAACUCCUUUGCAUGAAUGCUCUCAGACUGUGAAAACAAAGAUAUCUCAUGUUAAAAGGAGUUAAAUUUUAGAAAUGUUUGCUUAAGCAGCCCAUUUUUUAUUUAGUUCUCCUGAGACAUUUUGAAGUAAUGACAGCUUUUGGAUACUACUACCUUCAGGCAACAAAACAGAAUUAGGUGGAUAAUUGCAUCCUGCAGGCCUAAUGGUUGCAUUUGCAGAAUCAGAGCCAGAGGUACUUGCAUUACUACUAAGAGCAAAUAUAACCUACUACCUGGUGUACUAACUCACCCUAUAUAAGGUCACUUUCUGCAUAGGUAUUAUAACUUGUGGCAGAGAGACUUGGAGAUGUAACUUUGGUCAGCAUGCACUUCUGAAGCUUACUCAUAUAACUUGUGCUUUUCAUUAAAUACAAGUAAGAAGUUUACUGCUGAGUUUGGAUUAAUCAAAAUGCUUUGGAAAUAUAACAAUAUUUAAAAAUAUAUUAGUAAUUUAGGGGGGGGGAGAAUAAAUAUGUAUUUUAAUGCUGAUAGAGAUCAGAAGUGGGGCACUGUUUUCCAGAUGUGUAAACCACUGGUUUAGAAAGCAAAUAUAGUACAGAAUAUUAAAAAAGCUGUGUAAGAGACCUAGAACACUGUAUUGACUGAUGUUUGUGAAUAGCAGGUGUUACAAAAGACGGUAAGAAUGUUGAAACUGGGUUUGUUGAUGUCAGCUGUGUGGAACCUUGCCAGCAGCUUGUGUUUGGGUCAUUUGCAAUGCAACUGCAUUUUUGUGGUGGUAGAAGCUUUGUGAUUUUACACUUUUUCACUCUUGAGUAUUAAACGAUCAAAAUCACCGUG